UUAGAUUUUAAAGUUUUUUUUUUUUUUUAUUUGGAGUAUUUUAUUUUUUUAAGUUAAUAUAAUCCAGCAACAGAAUAUAAAUUUGCAUUAUCUAUGGAGAUUACAAGGAGAAUUGGUUGAGAUUUUCUUUUGUUCCUGUUGCUACAAUUUUUUAUCCAGCAGACAGAAAAUAAUAGCAAGAUGAAGGUCGUCUGUAAGAGAUCUUUCAGUUUAAGAAGCUGUUUUUUAGAGCCAUUUUAGGGAAUUAGGAAUUCUGGGUUUCAGAGGCAGGAUUGCUUCAAUAAAAUGAGGUUCACAGUAAAGGAGGCUUACCUCAAUAAGCAAAUUUCAGGCAAAGGCUAGCUUUUGAUAUGACGACUGUGCUAAAGGACCUGCGGACAGUUUUUAUCUGGCGGGUGAGAGAAUCAAGCUGAAACUUUUAAGUUUUAGCAAAGGAUUCUGGAACCGAGAAAAAGAAUGAGCAAACAAGGCGAAGAACAGUUUGAAUUCCAACAUCCAUUGGUUCCAGUAAACCCCUUUAGGCCUAAUCUCCCAAAACCACCAGUGAUCCAUGCUGGGAGACAGGGAAACGAGAUAUUUCAAACAAAUUGUAUGGGGCCAGAAAGAUGCUCUUCUGGGUUUACGCAGGAAUCUCAAACUGAUAGAAUAAUUGCAUGUUCUGAUUCCGCCGGUUGCAGAGAAGUAAAUGGAGGCGUUAAUAACUUGAAGGGAGCUUUUGUUGGGAGUAAGUGCAUUCCGGAUGAUAGCAAUGGGCAGGGGCAAUUCUCCCUGAACCUGGCUGAAUUCAGCAAUGUUCCUUUUGCAGAUCUUCUGGCUCUUGCAAAUGCAGCCUCAGCUGCAUCUACAAAUGCAGCAUCAGAGGGAAUUAACAGACAUCAUCCAGAAUGCAGCUCAGCUGGGCUCUUACCUGUGCAUGUAAAUUUAUCAGCUCAACAAAACAUAUGGAUUGAUGGCAACUGCACGCCAAGAAAACAUCAAAAAAUCAGUCCUCUCCAGAAUCCAUAUGAUUUUGAUCUGCCUGCUGGGACAAUGGAUGCACUCUCUCACACAAGCAUCUCUGACUUUGCCCCUAUCACACCAGAAAAGGCCACUAGAGUAGAAAGUAAAGAGGAUUCAGAAAUAGAAAAUUCAUACAUGGAGAACAGACCUGAGAAAAGAGAUGAGCAAGCAAAUGAACUGGCUGGUACUAGGGUUGAUGUGAAUGGACUUCAAUGCAGUAUAGAGAUCCAAAAGCCUGUUACAGAGUCAUCCCUGGCGGCUAUACCAAGCAAGGAAAAUAACAAUCCUGACAAUGGAGGUAUCCAUCUUGCUGACCUAGAGAAAACACCACAGCAGAAACAAAGGAGGAGAAAGCAUAGGCCGAAGGUAAUUACAGAGGGCAAACCUAGGACCAGAAAGCCAGUGACUCCAAAGCCCAGUGGUUCUCAAGAAAAUCCAACAGGUAAGAGGAAAUAUGUACGAAAAAAUAGACUAAACAAAGACACAUCAAUCCCCCCAGGAGAAGCAAAUGCAGAGAAUUCAACACGUAAGAGGAAGUAUGUGCGAAGAAAGGGACUCAACAAAGACUCAAUGAUUCCCACACAUGAAAGUGGACAGGGGGCUACUCCUACAGAUACACUUGAGCAUAACAAGAAAUCAUGCAGAAGAGCCUUGGGUUUUGACACAGAAGGACAAGAAAGAGGGGAAAGCCCUGCAUGCAAGCCGGCCUGCAAUUUAAAUUCAACUUCAGGGACAGAAAACCUGUGGAAAGGAGGAAGUCAAUCAAAGUCCAUAAUGCAGCUUUGUAGCGGAAUUGAAUUGGCAGCAGAAAACACAAAAACUGGCAUUGCCUAUGAACUAAACCAAAAGUUGAAAGAGUACUUAUCUUUGCCUGAAGAUCAAGCACCACGCACACCACUUCCAACCAAGAAUAAUCCCCCAUGUAGAAGACAAAAUGCCAAUUCCCAGAAGCUCAAUAAUAGGAAAGAUCAAUGCAGUGCUCAUGAUGUACUGAAAAAAAAUGGACAAUCUGUUGGACAAUCUUUGUUACAAUCCAAUGCUCAGUUGCCAGCAAGAAGCCCAAAUGAUUCCAACUGCAGCACCAGCUCAGUACUGAAGGGAGGACAAGCAAGUGAAUUAAAGACGAACAAAUCUACUGCUACUCAACAAGCGUAUACCAGUGCUGUAAAUUCAUAUGGGAGCCACUACAACAAUUUAUACGUAUACCAGAUGAUUCCAGGGAUUCAAUUUUCAAAAAAUCACAGGAGAAAGAGAACCGAAAAGGGACAAACUUCUGCCACAUCUAGUGCAUCAUCAUCCAUCACUGCUGCAAAAAGUCUUGUGCCUGCAGAAGUAUGUCUGCUAGAUAGCAUUGAAGUAAGCCAUCCAUUUAGUUCUACUGGAGUUCCAGCAAAACUUGAAGAAGCAGGAAGAAAUUUUUCUCUGAAUAAAUUGCAAACUUUUAAUUGCAUCAUGGCUUCAAAUCAAACAGAGAGUCUAAAGAAAAAGAGAACCAGAGGAGCCACACAGGUUCAAGACUUGGCUUCACUCAAUGGAAUUGCACUAUGUAACAGGCACCCAGAAUGCUAUAGUAGUCAAUCACCAGUUGCUUAUGACAUGCGGGAAGUUGGGAACUCUGACAGACCUCAUACAAGCAUAGAAGCCCUGAUGACAGAGAUGCAAGCAAAACUGGCAAAAAAAAAGCGAUCAAAAAAGAGAAACUGCCUUGUAAAUUCAGCAUGCUCCAGUACAAGUGAAGCACAAUUGCACAAGAGACUUGUCUUAUCUAAUCAAAACCAAUUUUCUCCAAAAUUAUUAGGUACCCCUCCAGAAGUAAUAUGGAAACAAAUGGUUUCUCCUGAUGCACUUGUUGAACAAUUCAACCAAUUAGACAUAAACAGGGAAGGUAACCCCAUUGCAUAUGAAGAGCAGAAUGCACUUGUCCCAUAUAAUAUGAGAUACCAAGAGCACAAUGCAGUUGUUCUUUAUGGAGAUGGAACCAUUGUACCAUUUGGUCCUACCAAGAAACGACGCCCUCGGCCCAAGGUCGACCUGGAUGAAGAAACAAAUAGAGUAUGGAAGCUUCUCUUAGAAAAUAUCAAUAGUGAAGGUAUUGAUGGAACUGAUGAAGAGACAGCAAAAUGGUGGGAGGAAGAAAGGAGAGUAUUCCAUGGACGUGCAGACUCAUUUAUUGCUCGCAUGCACCUUGUACAAGGGGAUAGACGCUUCUCUCCGUGGAAAGGAUCAGUUGUGGACUCUGUGAUUGGAGUCUUCCUUACUCAAAAUGUCUCUGACCAUCUUUCUAGUUCUGCAUUCAUGUCUCUCGCUGCAUAUUUUCCUCUCAAAUCAAUGAGCAAGGAAAAGAUAUAUCAUCAAGCCGGGACCAGCUUAGCUAAUGGAGCAGAGUUCUAUGUCUUGGAGCCGGAAGACACUAUAAAGUGGGAUACAAAUACAUCAAUUCAACCAGUUGGUGACCAAAGUUCAAUGACUGUUAAUGGUUAUGGAUACUCUGAAGAAAAAGAGGUUGUCAACAGCAAGGAGUUGUCUGGAAGUAGUACUGCUAUUGUAAGCUCAACAAAUGAAUCAAAGUGCAAGCUGUUGAACUCUUGUGGAAGUGGUUUGGGUACAUACUGCAACUCCACUUUAAACAGAUUGAACAUGGAAACUCUUGGGAAUGGUACUGAAUGCUUCAAAGGAGAUGAAGAGACAAAUGAUGUCCUCUCAUCUCAAAAUUCUGUGGUUUCAUCUGAAAACUCUGUGGAUUUUUCAUUGGUUCAAAAUGCCGAAAGAACAGGAUCAUGCUCAGAGUGCAACUCAGAAGGGGGCGAUCAGACUAAGGGGCCUAUUUUUGACGUUAUGAAUAGCUCUACUUCUUUUGUACAGCUUCUACGGAUGGCUGGAUCUGCCAGGCUGCAUGAAGUCUAUGGUCAUCAAAAUAUAUCCACGAAUGAGAACUCAAAAGUCAAAAGAAGCCAAUUCCAGAAUGACCAAAGAGGAAACUGCGAUAAUUCAGGUCCUAAAAGCUUCACUAUAGAAGACAUUAUCCCAUCAGCUAAUUAUCAUCUGCAUCUUACUCUAAACUCAGAAGUAAGAGAAAUUGAACACUUUGAGAUGUUCAAGGAAGAAACAAGAUCCUCUAAGGCUUCUAAGAUGAAGGAUGAAAACAUGAUAAAGGGACAAAGCCCCUUAACAGAAGAAUCUGCAUGUCAAACGAUAGAUCAAAAUGAUUCCACCAUGUGUGUGCUGGUGGCCCUACAAUCAUCCAGUGAAAAUAAUCACUCAAGCAACAACAUUCAACAAGAUGAGACAACAGUUCCCCACUGUCAAAUGAGGCUGCUUCAAGACCCAAGAAAUCUUGUUGAAUCACCAGCUGAUACACAAAACAAAGAAAUGUUGAGACAUGUGGACAUGACAAAACAUUUGGAAGAAAUCCUAGAUAUUACAGAAAGCACUACGGCAUUUGAUAAUCAAAGAAGCCCACAACAGAAAAUGCAAGAGUCAAACUUGUUUACACAUGACUCGUCAUCUAAUAAGGGGCUCAACCAGAUGAAUGCUGGCAGUUUAAAAUCAAAAGGCAAAAAGGCUAACAAAGAGAAAAAAGAUGAUUUUGACUGGGAUAGCUUGAGAAAACAGGCUGAAGCCAAUGGAAUAAAAAGAGAAAGAACAGAGAAGACAAUGGACUCACUAGACUGGGAAGCAGUGAGAUGUGCAGAUGUUAAUGAGAUUGCUAAGACAAUUAAGGAACGAGGGAUGAAUAACAUGCUUGCUGGGCGAAUAAAGGAUUUCCUCAACCGGCUUGUUAGAGAUCACGGAAGCAUUGACCUAGAGUGGCUGAGGGAUGUUCCACCAGACAAAGCAAAAGAGUACCUGCUAAGUAUAAGAGGACUGGGGCUAAAAAGUGUUGAGUGUGUUCGGCUUCUGACACUUCACCAUCUCGCUUUUCCAGUUGACACAAAUGUUGGACGUAUAGUAGUAAGAUUGGGAUGGGUCCCCCUUCAGCCACUGCCAGAGUCCCUUCAGUUGCAUCUCCUAGAGCUGUACCCCAUCCUGGAAUCCAUCCAAAAAUAUCUUUGGCCCCGACUAUGCAAGCUCGAUCAAAGAACAUUGUAUGAGCUACAUUAUCAGAUGAUAACAUUUGGAAAGGUUUUCUGUACAAAAAGUAAACCAAAUUGUAAUGCAUGUCCAAUGAGGGGAGAAUGCAGACAUUUUGCCAGUGCAUUUGCAAGUGCAAGACUUGCCCUGCCAGGGCCAGAGGAGAAAAGCAUUGUCAGUGCAACUGACAACAGCAAAUCUGAUCAAAACCAUGCUGUGAUCAUUGAUCAACUGGCUCUGCCCUUACCCCAGCCAACUGAGCAAUCAGACAUAAACUGGCAGUCUGAAGCAAACCAGCAGUCACAAGCAAAAUAUGGGGGCAAUAACCCUAUCAUUGAAGAGCCAGCAAGCCCAGAACCUGUGUGCACACAAGUAGCAGAGAAUGACAUUGAGGACAUCUUCUAUGAGGAUCCUGAUGAAAUUCCGAUGAUCAAGCUUAACAUGGAAGAGUUCACCCAGAAUUUGCAGAAUUAUAUGCAAAAUAACAUGGAACUUCAAGAAGGGAAUAUGUCAAAGGCUUUAGUUGCUUUAACAGCAGAAGCUGCAUCUAUUCCAACGCCCAAACUUAAGAAUGUCAGUCGGCUAAGAACAGAGCACCAAGUCUAUGAACUUCCAGAUUCACACCCUCUUCUAAGAGAGUUGGAUAAACGAGAACCUGAUGACCCAAGCAAGUACCUUCUUGCCAUAUGGACACCAGGUGAAACGGCAAACUCCAUCCAACUACCUGAAAGAAGUUGCAAUUCCCAAGAGCAUGGCAAAUUAUGCGAUGAGAAGACCUGUUUCUCUUGCAACAGUAUUCGGGAAGCAGAAUGCCAAAUUGUCCGGGGAACACUUUUAAUACCAUGUCGAACAGCAAUGAGAGGGAGUUUUCCCCUAAAUGGCACAUACUUCCAAGUUAAUGAGGUAUUUGCCGACCAUGAUUCUAGUCUGAACCCAAUUGAUGUUCCAAGGGAAUGGUUAUGGAACCUGCCAAGGAGAAUGGUUUACUUUGGAACCUCUAUACCUUCAAUAUUUAAAGGCUUAACAACAGAAGGAAUUCAACACUGCUUCUGGAGAGGAUUUGUUUGUGUGAGGGGAUUUGACCAGAAAUCACGAGCACCCCGUCCUCUAAUGGCCAGAUUGCAUUUCCCAGCCAGUAAGUUGACCAGAGGAAAAGGCAAGGGUGCUGGUGAAGAUGAGUAACUGAUAGCACAGUGAUAAGGAUCCAAACAAGUCAACAUUGACCAAAUAACCACCUAUUAAGAACGAGAAUGGAAUUGCAUUUUACAAUACUGACUUGGUUUGUAGGGAAAUGUGAAAACCUUUGUAACCCAUAAUGAAAAAGACAUGUAGGGCUGUAUACUGUUUAGCAAUGUUGUAAUUAUUUAGUUUCAUGCUCAAAAUUUGAGCAAUUUUUCAGACAAGAAACUGUGUCAUGUGCUAAUUGAAAAGCCCUUUCCUACAAUGAACAAGCUUGAAGCAUACGUUCUUAACAUACUAUAUGGCCCAUGCCAUCUUCAAGCAUCUAAAUAUGCACACAAACACCAAUUUUUGUCGACCUUGACAAGUAUUGAAGGUUUAA